AGUGUCAAGCGGCCGAAUUUCGCGCUGCGCUCCCGGACCUACUGCGAAGAGACACCGCGUGGGCGAGUCCCUCCGGCGCCUUGAGUACUGUCUGAACGUUCCAGAAAUCUCCCUCCUGAAAGAAAGAUGAAGUUGUGGUACUUCCUAGGGCUCAUGAUAAUUAGUCUACUGUACUUCUGGAUCCCAUCAUCAAUGUGCUGCAACAAAGCUCUCUGUGCUAGUGAUGUCAGCAAAUGCCUAAUACAGGAGCUGUGUCAGUGCCGACCUGGUGAAGGAAACUGUUCUUGCUGUAAAGAGUGCAUGCUUUGUCUAGGCACACUUUGGGAUGAAUGCUGUGACUGUGUUGGUAUGUGUAAUCCUCGGAAUUAUAGUGACACACCGCCCACUUCGAAAAGUACUGUGGAGGAGCUGCAUGAACCAAUCCCUUCCCUUUUCCGGGCACUUACAGAAGGUGAAACUCAGCUGAGCUGGAAAAUUGUGUCCUUUCCCGUUGCAGAAGAACUGUCACAUCAUGAGAAUUUAGUUUCAAUUUUAGAAACAGUGAACCAUCCCCAGCAUCAGAAUGUUUCUGUUUCAAACAACAACGUCCAUGCUUCAUAUUCUAGUGAAAAAGAACGCGUGUGUACGGUGGUUUACUUUGAUGACUGCAUGUCAAUACACCAGUGCAAGAUCUCUUGUGAAUCUAUGGGUGCUUCCAAAUACCGAUGGUUUCACAACGCCUGCUGUGAAUGUAUUGGACCUGAAUGUGUCGACUACGGGAGUAAAACUGUAAGAUGCGCAAAUUGUAUGUUCUGAAGUUAAACCAUUCAGUUUUAAUAUUGCAGAUGCCAAAGAAUAUGUGUGUGGGGGGAGGGGGAUAUAUCUUGCAUGUAUUACUUUGGAUGGUACAACUGCAGCACAACUGAAGGGACUAGAGAUGUGUAAUAUUUUAAAUGUGUUUUUUUACACUUUAAAUCAUUGGAACAAU